GCUAUUUCAAUAUUAUGUCUGUAUUUUGCAACAGAGUAAUGACUUUCUGCAGAGUCUAAGAACCCUCAUUGACUAUAUUCCUCCAUAAAAAUGUCAGGAAGCCAUACUCCCUCCACUGGUGGGCCCUUCUCUGCUCUCACUCCCAGCAUAUGGCCUCAAGAGAUUUUGGCAAAAUAUGCUCAGAAAGAAGAGUCUGUUGAACAGCUAGAGAUCCAAUAUGAUGAAUUUGGUUUCCGAGUUGGCAAAGAAGAUAGUGCAGAGCCACCCAGCAAACUUUUGGGGAUCUCGCUGAUUGAAGAGCCACAGCAGAGACUGAAAUGGCAAGCCCAUCUGGAGUUCACACACAAUCAUGAUGUGGGAGACCUCACAUGGGAUAAGAUUGAAGUCACACUUCAACAUUCAGACAAACUACGUUCUCUGGUUUUGGCUGGCAUUCCUCACAGUAUGAGGCCUCAGUUAUGGAUGAGACUGUCAGGUGCUUUACUCAAAAAGAGAAAUUCAGAAAUGUCUUACCGAGAAAUUGUGAAAAACAGCUCCAAUGAUGAAACAAUUGCUGCUAAACAGAUUGAAAAGGAUUUACUCCGCACUAUGCCCAGCAAUGCCUGUUUCUCCAACAUGGAUAGCAUUGGAGUACCACGGUUACGCAGAAUUUUACGUGGCUUGGCUUGGUUAUAUCCUGAAAUUGGGUACUGUCAAGGCACUGGCAUGGUGGUAGCUUCCUUACUUCUCUUCUUAGAAGAGGAAGAUGCCUUCUGGAUGAUGUGUGCUGUCAUUGAAGAUCUGGUGCCAGCCUCCUACUUCAGUACCACCCUGAUGGGGGUCCAGACUGAUCAACGUGUCCUGCGUCAUCUCAUUGUGCAAUACCUACCACAGCUGGACAAACUUCUUCAGGAACAUGACAUUGAGCUCUCCCUCAUUACCCUACAUUGGUUUCUUACAUCAUUUGCUAGUGUGGUGCAUAUCAAGCUAUUGCUGCGUAUCUGGGACUAUUUUUUCUACCAAGGCUCCAUUGUUCUCUUUCAGGUUACACUGGGUAUGCUCAGUUUGAAGGAAGAUGAACUCACCCAGUCUGAGAACUCUGCAUCUAUCUUCAACACCCUCUCGGAUAUCCCAUCUCAGAUUGAAGAUCCAGAUGUGCUCCUACAGGAAGCUGUACGUGUUGCUGGCUCACUGACAGAUGUAGUAGUAGAAACUCAGCGUUGCAAGCACCUUGCUUACCUCAUUGCAGACCAAGGGCAGCUACUCAGCCCUGGUGCUACAGUAAACUUAUCAAAGAUUGUGCGACGCAGAACACAGCGUAGGAAGUCUGGAAUCACAUCACUCCUUUUUGGAGAAGAUGAUAUGGAGGCACUGAAAGCCAAAAAUAUUAAGCAAACAGAGCUAGUUGAAGAUUUGCGUGAGGCCAUCCUACAAGUGGCCCAGCAUUUCCAGUGUGUGGAUCCCAAGAGUUGCAGCAUAGACUUGACUCCAGAUUAUACCAUGGAAAGCCACCAGCGAGACCAUGAAAGCUAUGUUGCGUGUUCCCGUAACCAGCGACGACGUGCCAAGGCAUUGUUGGAUUUUGAGCGUCAUGAUGAUGAUGAACUAGGCUUCCGCAAGAACGAUAUCAUCACGAUUAUAUCCCAGAAAGAUGAACACUGUUGGGUGGGCGAACUAAAUGGCUUGCGAGGUUGGUUUCCUGCAAAAUUUGUAGAGGUCCUGGAUGAACGGAGCAAAGAGUACUCUAUUGCUGGAGACGAUUCAGUUACAGAAGCUAUCACAGACUUGGUUCGAGGGACCCUCUGCCCAGCCCUCAAGGCUAUAUUUGAACACGGACUGAAGAGGCCAUCUUUGUUAGGUGGUGCCUGUCACCCCUGGCUCUUCAUUGAAGAGGCUGCUGGGCGUGAGGUGGAGCGAGACUUUGAUUCUGUGUAUUCUCGGCUUGUACUCUGCAAAACCUACAGGUUAGAUGAAGAUGGAAAAGUGCUUACUCCAGAAGAACUUCUUUAUCGAGCAGUACAGUCUGUGAAUAUGUCACAUGAUGCCGCCCAUGCUCAGAUGGAUGUAAAGCUUCGGUCUCUCAUCUGUAUUGGAUUGAAUGAGCAGGUGCUACACCUGUGGCUUGAGGUACUUUGCUCGAGUCUGCAGUCAGUGGAGAAAUGGUUCCAUCCCUGGUCAUUUCUGCGCAGUCCUGGCUGGGUACAGAUCAAGUGUGAGCUCAGGGUCCUCAGUAAAUUUGCAUUCAGCCUUUCUCAGGACUGGGAACUCCCAACAAAAAGAGAGGAGAAGGAGAAGAAACCACUGAAGGAAGGCGUUCAGGACAUGCUUGUGAAACAUCAUCUCUUCAGCUGGGACAUAGAUGGGUGAUUCCUUUAUGAGUCAGUGUUUGGACUUCUUGAAUGGCAAAUGAAUGUUUGACAUAUAUCCUCUCUUCUCCCCGGCACUUUUCUGGCCCUUUGUGUGUUACAUAUCUUUCUGUAACCUGCCUCCCUCCAGUAAACUUCUACUAAUUACUAUUAACAUUUGGCAGCAAUUUGCUAUAGAAGAGGAUUGAAGACCCUGUUGUUCACCCAUAGUGCGAACUAUAAUCCAAGUAGCCUACCUAAUAGUGAGCAGUGUUGGCCUUCUAAAGGGCCACAGAUUUCCCAUUCAAUAGCAAACAGGAGGAGCAUUUCAAGUGACCCAGGUUUUUCAGUAGUGUUGCUUUUCUUCAUAACUUAUGGCUACAAAGAAAUGUGACUUUAUAUCACUUGGACCCUGUACUUGUUGAAAACAAACACUUUUACUGACUCAUAAAUGUAUUAAAAAAUAAUGGCAUAACUAGAAAAUGAAGGAUUCCCCCCCCAAGGUAACCAUCUAGCAGUUAUUACAUUUCUUCUGUCCAGGAGAGCAGAGCGAUGGUGGAAAAGUUCUGUUGAAAUUUGCCUCAUUCACGGAAGAGGCUUUAUUUUGCAAUGCAAAAAAUGCAAGCUCGCUUUACUAAGAACGUGAUAGUGUGGAAAUGGUUUUUUUUUUCUUGGUGCUAAUAUGCACAAAUGGCUUUGGUACUGCCAUAAAGUGCCUAAAAAGACUGCCCAGUGAUUGAGGCUGCCAUGGGUAUUAUAAAAAAUAAUUGCAAUAGCAGUCUGUCCUUUUCAUUCUGUUCAGCUGUGAUCCAGGCUUAAUUAUUUUACCUAGAUCAUUUUUUAAAUUAUUACAAGAGAGCUAUAUUAUAUUCAGAAAUUUAUGUAUAUUUUGACAUAUCUCUAGAAUGGGAAAUGGAUUCAGGCUUGAGCUGGCUCAGGGGAUAACUUCAGCUUCUAUCUGUGGGUGUGAGCAGAGUGUGCAGGGCAGAAGCACACCCUUUGCUUCAUGGUAUCUGCAUUAGUCCAAAUACAAGAAAUGAAGAGCACUAGUGGAGAGCACAAUCAAACCAUUAAAUGAAGAUUAAUCAAGAUUGUAUCAUUUUUGGCUUAUAAAUUGAUGGUUUAUCUUGUAACUGCCUAAGACAGGCUAAAUGGGAGCGAACUUUUAUAUAUACUAGCCUGUUGUUCUUGUUCUUCAUAUGAACUACAGAGUAUUAGUCUUACUGAGUGGGUCUGGACACUUUUGUACUUAUAUCUCUAUAGACACUGUAUACCAUGUAAGGGAUGAAAUUAUAUAUCUAGAUACAGUGUUUCUAAUUCCAUAAAUAGUACUCUUACAAUCACAGUUUUUUCCACCCUUUCUCUUCCUACUUAUGGGAACAGAGGCAAAAUAUUCAAAAGUAAGAUAAAACACAGGUAUAGCUAAUGCUGGUAGUAGAGAAAAACUUGCCACCUAAAUUUUGUGUCAAUAGCAAUACCGUGAAGUAGUUCCGUGUUAUUCAUGUGCUAAAUGCCUUUGUCUGUAUUUUCACCAUGGCAAAUACAUGUUAUUGAUAAUGCCAUGACCAAAGAUAAGAUGUACAAAAAUGCUAGAACACAAUUUUUUUAAUAAAAUGGAUUUUUCAAAUA